GGCAGCUUGCGAAAUCGCGUAACAAUCAGCUUAUCGCACUAUAAUUUCGCGGUAUCAACAGUUAGCGGCGGAAUUUGUACGUCCGCCGCCCCGCUUCUGACGAGGCUGAAGUUCGUCGCAAAUCGCGCGCGUGCCACCGCGCUUUUUGCUGCCCGUCGUCGUAGCCGCUGCUCGAAACCAUCCGUCUUUCCGAGUGCCGCUCGACUGUGCCGAUAUUGCGGAACCGCGAGUGUAAUUUCGCGAGUCGAUUAUACAUCCGCGAACUCGAUCAUCCUCCCUUUUCCUUUCCCGAGUCGUAAAAAAGUUUUAUCGGCUGUCCUACCGCACCACGUCAGCCGCGAUCACCGUCGUUGCCGCCGAUAACCGCAGUCGACUAUACUCUAUUCUGCACGCGUACUAUAGAUGGACCAGUCGGAACUGUAAUUAAGAGAGAACAGAGAAGCAACGAUAUCUCAGCCAAUUCUCUCUUUUUCUCUCUUUCUCUCUGUCGAUGGUGCGAAGUCAACUUAAAUAAUCGAAAGAUCGAUUGACGUGAACGUCGUACGAAACUCGAACCGAGCGCUAGAAGCGUAACGCGCUUAUAAUUUCGUGCCCGCCAUAUUGCUUUUUUCGAAUGUUCAAAAAUUCAAGAGUUCUAAUUUUGAAUUCAAGCGUUAAUGUUUUUUUUUCCUUUUCUUUUUCAAUUUUGCGUCACGAAGUGCAUUAUUUUUACGAGUCGAGUCGAUCCAGCGACGCGUUUGACAGUUGCCUGCGGAUGUUUUAUCACUGUGCUGCCUAUCGCUAUUAGAUACUAGCGAAAAGCGUUUGGUUUUAGUGAUAUGAAGAAUUGCCGUUGGCACGGACGAUGACGAGGUUUUAUUUAGCGGAGGAUCUCGUUCCACAGAAGUUGCUGCGCUUUAUAGGAAUAAGGAUGUCGAGGCGGCUGAGUUUCUAUGGUCUGGUAGGCCUGGCGUCUGUCUGCAUCUUCUUCCUAGCGUUUAAUCAGCGCUACAGCAGCUACCUCGAGCAUCGACUGCAGCCGGUGAUAUCGGAUGUUGAGAUAAGGCCACGGACUACAAAAAUUCAAGAGCCAGUAACGGUAAGCCAGGCAUAUAUCACAGGAUCCGCGGACAAUGCAACAAUCAACGAAAUUCAGGAAGUGGUCGAUCAGCAAAGAAAGGCGAUUAAACGGGAUAUGGAAAAUUAUGAGUAUCCAAACGGAAAAUAUGGGAUAAACGUGAGCAAACUCGAAGAUCUGGUGAUGGAACAAGGAGGUAGACCUAUGAAAAGCGUAAUUUUGACGAGUUGGAGAAGUGGCAGCACGUUCCUUGGCGAUGUGGUCAACGCUCAUCCGGCAAACUUUUAUCACUACGAGCCGUUGCUUGAUUACGGAAUCGUGCAGAUCAGAGGACCGCCGCUCGCCGAUGAGUCCCUAACGAAGAUCAUCUCUUUACUGAAAUGUGAAUUCAAAGAACUCGAUCGUUACCUGAAUUAUGGGAAGACUCAUCCCUGGGUUUUCAAUCACAACACACACUUAUGGCGACAGUGUCAGGCGCAUAAACGUAUCUGCUGGGAUCCGCGUUUCGUAUCCAAAUUCUGCCGGUUGUUUCCUUUCCAGUCGAUGAAGCUUGUGCGAUUGAGGCUGCGUGUAGCGGAAAGGCUGUUAGCUGAAGAAAAUUUAAACGUGCGAUUAGUCCUACUUAUUCGUGAUCCGAGGGGCAUUUUGCAAUCUAGAAAACACAGGGAAUGGUGUCCCGCCAAGCCCGACUGCUCCGACCCGAAUCUGGUUUGCGCAGAUAUGGUGUCGGAUUUUAUCGCGGCGGUAGAGCUCUCGAGGAAAUAUCCUCAUUCAUUCAGAGUGGUACGCUACGAAGACCUAUCCGUGGACCCCUACAAGCACGUAAAGGAGCUUUACAAUUUUUACGGCUUGGACUUUCAUGUGAAUGUGAAACGAUUCCUGGACACGCACACCAAGAACGACGUGGGUGGUGUGUCGAGUACCUUCCGAAAUUCCAAAGUCGCGCCUUUCCACUGGCGGGCGGAUUUAGACUUUGAGGAGGUGCGUGAGAUACAAAAGAUCUGCGCGACCGCCAUGCGACUAUGGGGAUAUGUGAUGGCUUCAAAUUCCACCCACCAGAAGGACUUCGAUCCUAUCACGGAUUACCGGCUUCAGUUGUGACAACUGGCGGAUCGCGUGCUCAAUGUAGAUAUGUUGUAUAGCGUAUCGAUAUAGCGAGUGGAACUGCGACAUUACACAGUUCGUAUAAAUAUUUACGGGAAAGGUGCUAGCGGUCACUCAUAAGAGUGGCGCCGUAACAAAAAUAUGCAUGAAUGUCGGUUAAUUCAGGAGUGAAGGCCAUCAACUUUUUCCAUUUUUGCGAGACCAAUAAGGCAAAACCGUUCUUUCUAAAGCAGAUUGACGGGUACAGAGCUUGUUCGUAAUUUUUCGACCGUACGACAGCCUAGCAUCACUUGUGAACCGAGUGUUGGGCACGAAGGAUAUACACCAAGUUCCUGAGACCCUGGUGUGUCGGCGAAAAUACUGUCUAUCCAUAUCGACGCAAGUGUCGUCGCAGAUGCAUUCGAAAUGUUUCUAAAGGCUGUGAAUUUUUCGAGGAGUUAUUUCGUAUCAUAUAUGUAUAAACUUAUAAGAUUCGAAUUCGGGAAUACUCGUGAAAUCGAAGAAGAUAUUAUAAAUUAAGGAACGAUAUUAAUAGCGAGAGGAAGAUUUUAACUAUCGAUCAUUGACAUUCAAGUUUCUUUCGCGCGAGUCUAUCGAGUCUUGCAACAUUUCGAAUCAUCAGCAACGUUGAGAAUUUAUAUCUGCGCUACCUGACGGAAAAAUUUCCACCAACAACAUUCAAUGUGAUUCAUAGAGGAAGUGCGGUCGCGAUAUCAAUUAAUUCGUUCACCCUAUGGAACACUCGAAUAUUGAAAUUUCUUGCUCAUGCGGCGCCGCGAUGUUUCGAGAACGAUAUGUGUCGAGGACGAGAACACCGAGUUUCCAUUCUACCGGCCUUCGUUCGACGCGGCCGACGAUUAUCGAGAAUACGGACGCGACCAACUCGCGCGAGCGUGUAAUUUUUAUAACGUACGACACAGUCGUAUAGCACUGCACAUUUUAGAUACAAUAGAAUUAUAUUAUCGCGAGCUGUUUGUCGGCGCGACUUAGAUUAUAAGAGAAGAUACCUUUUCGAAUCUUUACACGCUAUCGAUUAGCAGUCAGGACUGACAACCUGUCCGGUACACACUUCGUUAUGUAUUAUAGUGCGAUUAUAUUAUAUUAUACCCGCGCGAAUGUACUUCUCGCGUCCUUGCAUUGUAUGCACCGGACACUAGAUUGUCUGCUCUCUGUGUAAAUCGAUUAAGAUUUAUUAUAACGUGAAUUCACUUAAAGUUUAACAUUAAUUUCGAUAUUUAGCUACAUUAUGUUAGUAAUAUUAUUAGAGUUCGGGCGUUCAAGAGCUAAAAAUGAGGCAUUACGACUAUGUUCGUGGCUGAAAAAAUUUCUGAUCAGAAUUCCUAGUCUCAAAUUCUCAUCCUAGUUAUUUUCCUUGUUAUAUAAUCACGUUUGUUUUCCACGGCGUAUUGUAUACAUAUAUGCACCCUCGAGUAUAAAACGAGAAAACAAACAGAACGGAAGAGGUUUUCUUACAUAUGGAUUAAAUCUUGCGCGUUUCGGACAAUGCUAGUAUGCCGUCGAUCAGGAUUGAUAAGAUGUAAAUUCGCAAUACCAUUUUCGUGCGGUCUUGCGCUGUUGUUGUUACGUUUAUGUGGAAUGGGUAUCUAGUCCAAAGGGAACGCAUAUUAUUUCGUAUUUUGUACCUUAGACGUAAUAUAAAAGUUAUAAUUAAUAAAAGAAUCGUGUUUCUACGCAA